UAUGCGUCGAUAGGACAUACCAAUGUCACAACAGUGGAUGGGAGUAUAAGAAAAAAAUUAUAUUAGAGGUUAACUUAACCAUGUGUAUGGAAUAAGACGUUACACAGCAUAGGGUGCUGUUUCGGGCUAGAACGCACUUUUCACCAAAAGUGGCCCUACUGUAGGCUUAAGAUUUCUUUUACCCCAGCUCCGUGUAUCUGUUGUCAUAUUUCAUCGACUACACAUUAGGUAUGUAUGACUGAAAAUAAAAAAAAUAAUAAAAUUAUCUAUGCGCAGUUUUAUGUUAUAAUAAAUACAGUUAACGCUUUUUUCUUAUCCUCACUUUUAACAUUCUUCGCUCAUGGAAAAUGGAUAUCGCAUCCGACGGGAUUGAAAACAUAUUACCAACUUUCUUUAUUCUUUCUCGUUUACCUUUACCUGAUGUUUAUCUGCCGAUUUCUUUCAACUUUGCUUGUUUCCAACGCUUAUAUUAACGAUUACUAGUAUGUCGUAAUUGAUGAGAUCAGAAAGAUGAUAACCAAGAGCUACGAGAAGCAAAAUUGAAAUGCCACAGCCUACGAAUCGGAGUACAAUUUCCCAAUUCUUUCACAAAUUGGUAACUUUAUAUCGUCCGACUGAAAAAUUGCCAAUCAAGCAUUUUAAUCUCUUAGCUGCUUUUAGAAAAAUUGAUUAUAAACUGACUUGACCUUUGCUAUGCUUGCUUGGUCAAAUUAGAUUUCCGCAUAUUUAAUUGAUUUUAAAGUAAGAAGAUUUCGAUUUUAAUUUAUGCUUGUUACCACUUUCAAUCAUCCGCUUCUAGCCUUCCAGGCACAGUUUUCCUAAUUGGUGUCGCUUAACACUCUGUUUCGAGAACCUAAGACCCGCUUUCUUUCACCUCCCCCACCCCCAUUUACUUCAUCUUACCCUCCUCAUUUAUUUAUUUCUUAUUUUCACUCUGUCCAUAUUUUCCCAGCCAUUAAAUUGGAUAUAUUGGGUUACUGUUUCCUUUAUUGUUUCCUGAGGUCAGCGAAAAACAAAUCCGGUCUCUAUCACAAAAACGUGCAACUUCACAUACGGGUGAUAAAAAAAUUCUUACCAUUCGACUGCGUUGAAAUAUCCGCUGUGCUAUAAUGGCGACUCAACAAAAUGGAUCAACCCAAGUGGGCGCGUCUUCCAACAAUUCCUCCUCGGGAGGGGGAGGGGCCGCCGGGGUCAAUUACGAGGUGUACGAGGUGAUCGAUUUAGCUAAUGCCGAGUUGGACAUCCCCCCUAAAAACUGCUAUCGUCUCGUAGUUCUUGGCUCAUCUGGGGUGGGCAAGACAGCAAUCACACAGCGCUUUCUCCACAACCGAUACGUGGAUCAGUACUUCCCCACCAUCGAGGACUUCCAUCGCAAGAUCUACAAGAUAGGGGGAGUGGGAUACCGGCUGGACAUCCUGGACACCUCCGGAAACAGACCGUUCCAGGCUAUGCGACGAGUCCUCUUCCUCUCAGGUGAUAUCUUCCUAUUAGUGUAUGCGAUUGACAACGUGGACAGCUUCAAGGAGGUGCAGAGGCUGCGCGAUGCCAUCAUAGAGACCAAACAGGUCACUUACAAGACGGGCAAGAUCAUCGUUCCCAUGGUAGUGGCAGGCAACAAGUCAGACCUAGAGGAGGACCGCGAGAUACUAGAGGAGGAGAUUAGCACUUGGAUUUCGGGUCUGAAAAGAUGCGCCUAUGUGGAGACUAGUGCGAAGACUGGGAAGAACAUUGACGUGUUAUUUUCCACUCUCUUCGAGACUGCCAAUCUGCCCUCAGAAAUGAGUCUGGAGGGCCACAAAUUCGGCAUGAGUGCAGGCGACAGAACAGAAGACCACUCACUGUUGGGUGCUAUCAUGAAGAAAGACUCGGAGGCCAAAGGGGCAAUAGCAGUACACGCCAGACGCCCAUCCCUCCGCUCGGACUUAGUUGACCUCAAAACGAGAGCCAUAGUGGAAAAGCAGCGCGUGAAGGAAUUCGAAUCAUCAAGUGCCCAGAAAAUCAAAGAAAUGUGUUCUAUAACCUAACGUAUAGAUUACAAAUGAUAACAGUUUCAAAUUUAAUUUUUUGUUACAAAAUAUCUAAGUGAAAUCUUUUAUGCACUUUCAGUCUGAUUUCUUUACUUUUGCUUUCGUCAAAUAAUAUCAAUUGAGCGUGUCAUAAAUUUUGCGGUUUACAAAUUGUUGUUACUAAAAAGUGGAACUUCUUCCUGAGUUUGAAUUCAUUAAGAAAUAUCGACCAAAAAUAAUAUCUUUGAUUUAUUAUAAUUGAGCGUAAGAUGCGCGCAUAUUGUUUUAGGCUAUAUGCCUAAAAAGGCAAGAAGACUGCGCGUAUCAGGGCAAGCAUUGUUUUUAUUUUUUAUUUCUGAUAAAUGAUUGAUCACAGAUGAUAAGUCAAAUGAUGCAGUACUUGGACAAUCUUGUCAAGAUCAUGGUUAUUCUUGGAUAGUAAAGAGU